GGAGAGUCACGUGAGGGUGGGCGGUAGAGGGAGCGGCUGGAUUUUGCUGGCUCUCAGUCUCUAUGGUUGUCAGAGGUGGGCGGCUUUUACCCAGCCGCUAAAACUCCAGCGCGAACGGGAUGUUUCGUCUUAACUCACUUUCUGCAUUGGCAGAACUUGCUGUGGGUUCUCGAUGGUACCAUGGAGUGUCACAGCCUGUCCAGACCAGGAGAAGACUGAUGGUGGUGGCCUUCCUGGGAGCAUCUGCAGUAACAGCAAGUACUGGUCUCUUGUGGAAGAGGGCUCAUGCAGAAUCUCCACCGUGUGUAAACAACUUAAAGACUGACAUUGGUGAUAAAGGGAAGAGUAAAGAUGCAGGGGAAGUCUGUAAUCAUGAAAAAAAAACUGCAGAUACUAGUCUCGAGCCUUAUCCAGAAGAAAAGAAGAAGAAACGCUCUGGAUUUAGAGACAGAAAAGUGAUGGAAUAUGAGAAUAGGAUUCGAGCCUACUCCACACCAGACAAAAUCUUCCGAUAUUUUGCCACCUUGAAAAUAAUCAAUGAGCCUGGUGAAACAGAAGUGUUUAUGACUCCACAAGAUUUUGUGCGAUCCAUUACACCCAAUGAGAAACAACCAGAACAUUUGGGCCUGGAUCAGUAUAUUAUAAAACGCUUUGAUGGAAAGGAUUUCUGGCAGAAAAUUUCCCAGGAACGAGAAAAAUUUGCUGAUGAAGGCAGUAUAUUUUAUACCCUUGGAGAAUGUGGGCUCAUAUCCUUCUCAGACUACAUUUUUCUUACAACAGUCCUUUCCACUCCUCAGAGAAAUUUUGAAAUUGCCUUUAAGAUGUUUGACCUGAAUGGAGAUGGAGAAGUAGACAUGGAGGAGUUUGAACAGGUUCAGAGCAUCAUUCGCUCCCAAACCAGCAUGGGUAUGCGCCAUAGAGAUCGUCCUACUACCGGUAACACCCUCAAGUCUGGCUUAUGUUCAGCCCUUACAACCUACUUUUUUGGAGCUGAUCUCAAGGGGAAACUGACGAUCAAAAACUUCCUCGAAUUUCAGCGUAAACUUCAGCAUGAUGUUCUAAAGCUGGAGUUUGAACGCCAUGACCCUGUGGAAGGAAGGAUAACUGAGCGGCAGUUUGGUGGCAUGCUGCUGGCAUACAGUGGGGUGCAGUCCAAGAAGCUGACUGCCAUGCAGAAGCAGCUCAAGAAGCACUUCAAGGAUGGAAAGGGUCUGACAUUUCAGGAGGUGGAGAACUUCUUUACUUUUCUGAAGAAUAUUAAUGAUGUGGACACUGCAUUGAGCUUUUACCAUAUGGCUGGGGCAUCUCUUGAUAAAGUGACCAUGCAGCAGGUGGCCAGGACUGUGGCUAAAGUGGAACUGUCCGACCAUGUAUGCGAUGUGGUGUUUGCACUCUUCGACUGUGACGGCAACGGGGAGCUGAGCAAUAAGGAGUUCGUUUCCAUCAUGAAGCAGCGGCUGAUGAGAGGCCUAGAGAAGCCCAAAGACAUGGGCUUCACCCGCCUCAUGCAGGCCAUGUGGAAAUGUGCGCAGGAAACUGCCUGGGACUUUGCUUUGCCCAAAUAGUACCCCAAGACCACAGAGGGGACACCUCCCGCACGGCAGGCACACGAGCCCCUGGAGCAGAGCCACAGUGUGGUGUGGCCAUGUGUGCUGCUGCCUCCUACAGCCGUGUACCUUUCCUCCUCCCCUGUGGCCCUGCUCCACCAGGCUCUGGUUCCCAGUGACCAUGCCUGCAGGUUCUUAGAAAUACGGGCUCCUGUUCAAAGCUAAGACCGAGGCCCCUUCCUCGGCACUGCCUGUGCAGACACCUUGUGGACGCAGGACCCAAAGAUCCUGCCUCACACCUGCCAGCCCUGGGAAAGAGCCAGUGCUCCUCGAGUCAUCUUUGCAUGGAUUUAUACUAACCAGAACAUUCUUUCUUUUCCUGUUGCUGGUGUUUCUAAACUACGGGAAGUCUCUGUCAGGCAAGGCUAUGACAGAUGUGACGGUGAGGAUUUGGGUGUCCUGAGCUGGCAGGGCCUGUUGGACUCAGUGAUUCUGAGCACCGAUGCAGGAAGGUGCUGUGCUCAGUGGCAGCAGAUUCAGAAUUUAUAGCAGUUGCUUCUUAGCCCUCCCCACACCCUUCUUUCCUCCCAGGCUCCCCAAGAGUCUAACUAACUGGGCUCUUCUUCCUACAAGUGCCAUCCUCUUCCCCCUUCCCCGUGGGCCUUUGCAACCAACAUGGGCUCCUGGGCCAUAUGCUGUCUCAGACACUCAUAAAUUAUCACUUUAAUGGUUUGCAAUAAAGACCCCCAAAGGCUC